UCCGAGUAAUCAACAGAGGGGGAUUGCAACACACGCAGCGCUAAAAAUGCUCCGAUGAGUUCCAGCUGUAGAAUUUCUGUAGGACUCCGACGUGGGCUCAGGAAGAGAAAGAGCACGAUAGAACCAACCUCGGCAGCCUCCACCGAGCGCACAAACACUGCUGAAAAGACGUAUGCCGGCAGUUGUACCCUUUCAUGUUUCCCAGCACAUGUGGGAAUUCAGCCGACAACCAUAUGUAGUUUUGUGUCUGCCGGAGCAGCGGAGAUGUGGCAGUGAAGUUUGUCUCAGCUACAGUAACUCUUCCCCACUUCAGUGAAUCUUCAGCGGACAUUUCGCUUGGAUUUGUGGCUGCUGGAGGCAACUUCCUUCGUGGCAUCUAGUGGAGGACUUCCAGCGCUGCAGUGAGUGUUAUGACACAUGCAGAGUUGCCCUGCCCCUUGCGAGCUUAUGAUGAAGAGAAUUUGCUUGUGACCAUCUCUCAUUACAGUUCAAUGGUCUGACCUGUAAUGUGAAAGAUCCCUGGGGCACCUGGGAAAACCAUCUGACAGCCUGCUUGGCGUGAUGAGCAAGUUCACCUUUCAGAACAACAAAGUAAUGCAGGACCGCCGGAGUGUUUGUGUCUUCCUCCCGAACGAUGAAGCCCUCAACAUUAUUGUGAAUGUUAAAGCGUUAUGCCAAGAAUUAUUUGUUCAAGUGUGCGACCUUCUAAGGCUGAAAGACUGUCAUCUUUUUGGGCUCAGUGUCAUACAAAAUAAUGAACACGUUUAUAUGGAGCUGAUGCAGAAACUCUACAAGUAUUGUCCAAAGGAAUGGAAGAAGGAAGUAAGCAAGGGCAUUGACCAGUUUGGUCCACCAAUGAUUAUUCACUUCAGGGUACAGUACUACGUGGAGAAUGGGAGAUUAAUUGGUGACAGAAUAGCGAGAUACUAUUAUUACUGGCAUUUACGGAAACAGGUUCUUCAAUCCCAGUGCAUGCUGCAUGAAGAGGCCUACUUUCUACUUGCCGCUUACGCAUUACAAGCAGACCUUGGCAACUACAAAAGGCACAAACAUUAUGGAAAAUACUUUGAGCCAGAAGCUUACUUUCCUCCUUGGGUGGUUACCAAGCGAGGAAAGGAAUAUAUUUUGAAACACAUUCCAAAUAUGCACAAGGACCAGUAUGCACUUACAGCCUCAGAAGCACAUCUCAAAUACGUCAAAGAGGCUGUCCAGCUGGAUGAUGUGGCUGUUCACUAUUACAGACUGUAUAAGGAUAAAAGAGAGAUUGAGGCCUCACUGAUGCUGGGCUUGACUCUUCAAGGACUUCAGAUAUUUCAGGUUGUGGGCGAAUCUAAACAGUUGUUGUAUGAUUUUCCUUGGACCAAUGUUGGCAAGCUUGUGUUUGUGGGGAAGAAAUUUGAGAUCCUGCCAGACGGUUUGCCUUCUGCUAGAAAACUCAUUUACUACACUGGCUGUCCCAUGCGUUCCAGGCACCUGCUUCAGCUCCUCAGUAACAGCCAUCGUCUCUACAUGAACCUGCAGCCUGUCCUACGACAGGUCCGCAAACUGGAAGAGAAUGAAGAAAAGAAGCAGUACAGAGAAUCUUACAUCAGUGACACCAUGGAAAUGGAUAUUGAACAGCUGGAGAAGCGAUCGAGAGCCAGUGGCAGCAGUGCAGGCAGCAUGAAACAUAAACGUCUUUCCAGGCAUUCUACAGCCAGUCACGGCAGCUCUCACACUUCAGGCAUUGAGGCGGACACCAAACACAGGGACCUUGGACCAGAGGACAGUUUCAGUGGACACAUCCUUCAUCGGAAACUCAAGUCCUGCAACUCAAUGACCAGCCACGGCAGCUCACACACCUCGGGUGUUGAGAGUGGUGGGAAAGACAGAAUAGAGGAUGACUCACAGGAUGAUGAAAUAGAAAUGCUGGUUGAUGAUCCCAAGGACUUGGAGCAGAUGAAUGAACUGGCUCCAGACGUUAGUGCCGACAUGUGUAUUCACAUCACGGAGGAGAUGCUGAUGUCACGGCAGUUGAAUGGGCAUGCAGGAUUGAUUGUGCGUGAGCUGAGUUCUUCAACAUCGAGUUCUUCAGAAACAGUGGUGCGACUUUAUGGUCAAAGCAUAGAUUCAUUACCACAGCCUGCGUGCAGAAAACCAAAGAGCUCCUCAGACCGGCACAGCCAGAGCCUGGAUGACAUCCGCCUUUACCAGAAGGACUUUAUGGAGAUAACCACCCUCAACCAAGACACUGCUCAGAGCUACACAUUUGGUUGUGCUCAUAAUCUGAGUGAGGAAGGUAAUUGCUGUAACCGCUGCUUGGCAGAGCAGUACAGUUCAACAAAAGACACAUUCAUAGUCAAACGAACAAGUAAAUAUUCAUCUCUGGACCUCACAGCGGAUGACUCUGUUCCUGAAUUUGUAGUCUGAGCAUUAAGAUUUAACUAUGCAUUGGUGAAAUGUACGGUAUGCCUGGCUGCCUACUGCAUUCACAAUGACCUUUCAAAGCCAUUACCUGACACUUCUAUCAAGCAGCAAAUCUUUCUUUUUAUUUCAGCUUGCUAAUAAACAGUUUAUACUCCGCAGUUCUUCCAUGGUUCUGGACAAAAGCAGCUGACAAAGUAAUGGAUGUCAAGAAACCAAAGAAAAAUGUUCAUUAGGAAUCUAAGAUGUAUAUUUUUGCAAGUCUGAGAAAGAACUUUCGGGUAAAGCAAGCCUACGGGAAUUCUUUGCACACUUACUUUUCUGUGGAGAAUCAAAUCCAUCGUGUUCAGUAUUACACAGACAGAUCUUUCUACAGAUUUUUUUAACCGAGCAGAAUAGUUUAAAUGUUACAAUUUAGUGGAACCUUAGUGUUCUUACCAUGUGUGUUAGAGGCUUCAUUUUAUGUUGUUGAUCAACUUCAAAGUGUCCCAUUGAAUGCAUAGACAUGACCUUGGUACUGUGAACCUUACUGUGUUGUGAUCCUGUACCUUUGCUCAUUUGUCAGUUGUGUAUGUAUGAGUGACAAUCAGAAUUGUCUGUCCACUGACUCCCACCACUGUCAAUAAUACAAGAUGUAUAAUAGAAAAUUGCAGAUGCUGUGGGAAUUUAUUUGACUUGGGAUUGGUGGCGGGUUGAAUUUCACUCCAAUUAGUUGGUUAAUUCCAGUUAAUGGAAAGAUAACCUGUGUAAUCAUGGUGGCAGGUGACCAGAGACAGCGAAUUUUUGAAACGGAGAGGAUUUGUGUAUUAACAAAAGUAAAGCUGCUGGAAAGCGUGGAUAAGCCUCACUAAGUAUCAGUGUGCCAAGGAACUGAUUCAUAUAUCAAAGAGUUUUGAAUGCAAAAGGGUUGAAUCAAGUAUAUGUUAUUUUUGUUUUAAUAUAGUUAUGCAAUAAACUUCGGGAUUGAUUUGUCCUUGGUCAUAUACACUAAAUGCUUGAUAAUGUAUUUCCAAAAUGCAGUUCCAUUGAUUUCAGCUGCAGUUAUAUUGUCCAUUUAGCACAUGGAAUUCUCACCCAAAUUACUGCUCCACUAUAUUUUUCAAAGCUAUUGUAUCUAAUCUAAUGUAAAUUAUUAGCCACAGUUUAGAUCACUGUACCUAGGUACAAUGGUUCUUGUAUGAUAUAAAAUAUUAUGUCAGACAAGUGCUCAUUCCAAGCACUAGCAUCAAGAAUACCAAUAUUAAAAAAAGUCUCGUGUAAAUGAAAAGAUUCACAGAAAUGACAGAAGAUAGCUAAAGUUUGAACAGAUUUUGGUACCUAUCAAAUUUAAGUUGUACUACAGGUGUAAUAAUUGAUAAGGAAAUUAAUGGAAUAUGUCAUAGGAAAUCUUUUGUUUAUUAAGAUGAACUGGUGUUUACAUUGAGGCAGAAAAACUAUUAGAAUGAAUUUGCUUUGUAAAGUGAAGUAACGUGAUUAUCAAAUAGCUAAUUUUCAAUCUCAUCAGUGUUUUGCAAUACACUAAUGGUUACCAUAUUAACAUUUAGCUGUGUUUUUGCAACUGGAAUAGUUUCUUAAAAUAUUUUUUGAUAUAAAACUUGUUUAUUGGUAUUUUUAUAUAAUGGAUAUUUUUACAUGAAAUUAUAUUAAUCAAGUAGCUGUUAAGGUCAGUGCAAUUUUUAGCAGUAUUAUGACAAUCGUUAGCAGGUGUGGAAGCAGUAUUAUAAACUAAUGAGGUUAAUAUUUGUAGUUCAGACUUGUGUCUGUGUCAGUGAAUGAACUGGCCAUGUGGAAAUUCUGGAUUACUCUUUCCCUUCUCAUAAGUGUGCUUUUGGUUUCAGCAGAGAUGGAAAGGAAUGAUAUUACUUCAAGAAAGAUUGGUGACAUAUUUUUGAACAAAGAUGAACUCAUUUAUUCUAUUUUCAGUAAUAUACAUUAAGCAAACCAAUCACCAAGUCAUGCUGGACUCAGUGACUAGAUAGACGAACUUGAGGUUUUCAUCAGUCUUUUGGAUUUUUCUGUCCUUUGUAACUUUUUUUAAAAAAUUCCUUAUGCUGUCACUGAAUGAAUGAUCAAAUAAUAUUAAGUUGUAUUCAUGAAAAGUUAUCAUUGGAUAUCAUGUUUAAACAUAUCUUAAGGCUCCAAGAAUGUAUCAGAAACAGGAUGUUCUGUGCUGGUCAGAAUAGUAUCUAUUCGGUGGAUUGUUGCAGUUCCAUCAGUAGAAGAAGAUUGAUGAUAUCAAGAACAAGAGGCUUAAUUGAAUAAUGUCCAUUUUGAGCAUUAACUUCCUACUUGUCAGCACACCAUUGCUAUAGCGUAUCUAUUGGAUGAAAUGUUUUCCAUCGAGGCUUCUUCAACUGCAUCUUCCAUUGUCAUCACCUUCCAUGUUCAUGUUUAAUUGGGAAACAUUGCUAAUUCUUCAUUUUCCUGUGGUCAAAAAUCCUGGAACUCCUGACUGAACAGCAUUGUGGAACUCUCUACAACACAAACUGCAGCAUUUUAAGUAAACAACUCAAUAUAUUUUCAAGGACAGUUGUGAAUGGUCAAUAGACAUUGGUCUGUCUUGUAUUCCAUGGAAAAUUAAAUUAUUUCCUAUGGUUUAGAUCACAUUUUGAAAAUGGUCUUCAUGCUUAAACUUUACAAAAACUUUAAAAUUUCUCGUAAUUUUUGAUUCAUAUUUUAAAUCUUGAUAAAUCUUAAAGUCUGCAUGUGAACAAUGUCCUCAUUAGAAAAGCAGUGAUUUAUCCACAAAGUUAAGAUGAGGUUACUGAAUUAUUAGGAUUUCAUAUUUCUCAAAAAUUGUGAGGUAUUUUAAUGAAAUAAUACCAAAUGAUAAUUAGUACUAUCCUAAACUAGAACCCAAGUCUUCACAGUACAAGACAUUGUUUCAUAACUACUAGUAAUGACAGGGAAGUUUGGCUUCAAUUAGAAACAUUUGGGCUGCAGGACAAUGUUAAAAUUCUCUCCAGUAGAUCUCAGCAAUCAGUAUUGCUCAAAAUGCCCCCAUUUCUAAAUAUAAUUAUCUGUUAGGGUAUCACACAAAAUUGCAUUCUUUAAACAAGUAUAUACAAAUCCAUUUUUUCCAUGGGCGUGAAAUUCUCAGUACAAAUAUAGCUGCAUAUGAAAGAGCUAUGACAGCAGGUUCAAAUCAAGUACCCAGGGCAACUUGAUUGAAAAUUAACUCUGUUCAGACUAGCACACAAGAUGCAGUACUGAUUAGUUAUGUAGAAUUUAAAGGAACAUCAAAUUUGGCAAUUUAUCAAGACUCCAUACACUAACUGACGAGUUUAUUGAGACAUUUGACACUCUGAUAUCGAUUGUCAUUUAGUAAAAUAAAUUAUUUAAAAAUCUUAAAUCUUCCCUAAAAAUUUAUAUUUUCACGUUUGUCAGUUCUUCAUCAAGUGCACGGUUUUUGCUGAUUCAGUUGGUUCUUUGUGCAAAUUGCUCUAGGACAGUUGAUCUGCCCAUUUGAUACUGAGAACUUAUUAAUGUGUGUUACUCAAAAUUAACCUGUCACCUUGCAAGAUUUUUGGAAUAGUGAUUCCAAAUCGCUGAUGAGAAAAGACAUAUAAAGGUUAGAGAGCACAGGUUAAAUAAUGUGCACGUUCACUGCUCACAUAAUAGAAAAAGGGUCCUUAUUUGCAGUAAGUUAUCAUUCAAUGCUAAUUAAAGUUGGGUGAGAUUGCUGUCUCAAGGAAGGUCAGUUAAGCUUAUUGAAUUAUAUAGCCAAUGGGUGUGUUAGCUUCAAAUUUCCUGUAAGUUGUAAAUUUCUUCAGAAUGUUCUACAUUGAUGGAUUACUUUUCAAAAUAAUCACACUUCCGUCUCUUGCAAACGUGCAAUCCUCAGUCAUGCUCGCAGCUUCGUUUUCUUUUGUUAUGUUUUAUAGAACUUGAGCAUUACUCUAUCACUCUGGAAAUGUGCUAAAAAGCUGCUUGUCAUUUGUUUGCGAACCAGGAUUUAUGCAUAAAUUUUAAAAUAUGGCCAACUUUUCAAUAGCUUAUAAAAAUGUUUGCUACAUUUCAUAUCCUUUCCUAUAAUAGUUGCACAAACUGUAAAGGUUCCUUUCUGUGAAAGGAGGUUCUGUCAGGAUAUGUAAAAAAAAGAGCAUUUUUCAACCUGUAUCUGAACUACUUUAAGAGAAAAUGAAGUCCAAUAGUAUCUUCAAGGUACAAAUGCCAUUAUAUAAUAAAAUGUCAAUAUGUUUG